CAAUCAGCACAUUGCCGCCUUCUGCGGCUUCUACUUAUAUUGCUCCAUGCGCUGUGAAAUUCUUUGCAUUUACCAAUAACUGCCUUUCCAAUAAAGGUCAUAGGUAAUUACCAUGGGGGCUGAACAGUCCUCAAACUCGGAAUCACGCCGUGCCGACACUGGGGAACCUCAGAGGACGUGCUACUAUGAGCUUUUGGAAGUUGAAAGGACUGCCACUGAUAUCGAAAUAAAAAAAGCAUAUCGCAAGAAGGCCCUAGAACUGCACCCUGAUCGCAACUUCAACGAUGUGGAAGCAGCCACUAGAAAGUUUGCCGAUGUUCAGGCCGCUUAUGACAUCUUGUCCGACCCUCAAGAAAGAGCUUGGUACGACUCGCACCGCGAGAGCAUCUUGAGUGGCCAGCAUGACCCCAGUGAUGCUUCUUCUGCGCCUGCGACGUUCCAUAACGUGCGCCUCACCACCGCAGAUGAUAUUAUGCGCCUCAUCUCUCGAUUCAACUCCACAGUCCCAUACACGGAUGACAAAGAUGGUUUCUACUGGAUCGUAAGAGAAACGUUCGAACACUUGGUUCUGGAGGAAGAAGCUGCCGCCGACUAUGAGGGCACUGAAUGCCCCGAGUAUCCUACAUUUGGCUUGUCAAGUAGUAGCUUCGAUACAGUCGUGAGGCCGUUCUACAACGCCUGGAAUGGCUUCAGCACAAGAAAGUCGUUUAUGUGGGAAGAUAAAUACCGCCUCUCAGAUGCUCCCGACCGCAGGACCAGACGUUGGAUGGAGAAGGAAAACAAAAAGGUUCGAGAUGACGCUAUUCGAGAAUUUACCGAUGCCGUUCGAUUUCUAGUCUCGUUUGUCCGAAAACGAGACCCUCGCUAUACUCCAAAUUCGCAGAGCGAGGCAGAUCGCCAUAAAUCCCUUCGGACCGCCGCCGCUGCCCAAGCCGCGCGAUCACGAGCUGCCAACAGUCAAAAUUAUUCAUCAUUUGAAGUGCCAGAAUGGGUCCAGGCCAGCGAAGACAAGGUGGAUGAGCAAGAUUCUGAAUCUGAGGAAUCUGAAGCUGAGAUUCUGGAAUGCGUGGCAUGUAACAAAAGAUUUAAAAGCGAAAAGCAGUUUGAAUCUCAUGAACGUAGCAAGAAGCACCUCAAGGCCAUUCAAGAGCUACGCCGCCAGAUGAAAAAGGAAACAGCAAAUCUGGAUUUAGAUGCUUCGAGCACUGAUAACACGCCUGAUACGUUCUUGAAGGAUGACCGGGACUUGCAAAAUGUGGAUAUAAAUGAGCAGGAUCACCAGGCUGAUAUGGACAUGGAGACUACAUCCUCCUUGACGGAGCAAACAAAUAUGCAUGAUGAUGAGCAAGAGGCAUCUACAAAGACAGCGACAUCACCAAGCCGGGAUGCAUCAGAAGCGGACUACAACGCAAAUCACAUCGAAGAGGGACUCGACAAGCCCUUUGAAAAGCUAAAUCUCCAGUCAACCAGCGAAGAAUCAACAUCUAUUGAUCAUGGCGAAGAGAUAUCUGAAUAUUCUUCUCAACAGCCCCAAAACAAUUCUGCUGCGGACGUGAAUUUGAAAAGCAAAGUAGGAAAAGCCAGACUCAAGCGCCAGAAAAAGGCUGCUGCUGCUCUGGCAGCCGAAAUUGAGCAUCGAUGCAAUAUCUGCACGGUUGAAUUUGAUUCUAAGACGAAACUGUUUAAACAUAUCCGUGAUUUCGGGCACGCUGCCCCCAUCACCCUAUCUAGCGAUGUUGGCAACAGGAAGAAGAGAUGAAACUUGUGUCAUCUGACAUAUCGAUUUUGUGAACCGGAGUCUUGAUAUGACGCUGUCUGGGAAAAUACUGGAAUUAAAACAAAGCCGGGGUAGAGAAAAAAAACAAACACUCUCGGCCCAGAUGCAGUUGUCGAUAUAAAGUCCCGAGAUAUAUAUCUAUCCUGAAUGUGAGUGCUUGGCUACCAAAGACUGCUCACGAUCAUACAUACCAUUAAGUUACCGUCAUAUCGUCAUCAUCACUCAAUAGCUCAACUUCAUCCACCGCGCCAUCUCUGCCCUCGCCGCUAUACAGCACAGGCUCAUGAUCUGCCACGUGGAUUAUGGUUUUCCCUUGGACGUUCUCUACACACUGUCUCCAUUCCGUCCAGUCACUCUCAGUACGGAUAAGAAAGCCUAUCAACAUGCUCGGAUCCAUUUCUUUGAUGUGAAUGCGACGCAGCCUAGAGGUAUGGCAUGACUCGAUGUCUUCUUCGGUAUAUUUGGUUACAUCAUCGUGAUAUGGAAUGGCUUUUCGUGUAUGAUGAGGAUCCAGGUAAAAUAGGUAACUCCCUUGGCUACCCACGAAGUAAUGAGAAGAUGCAGGGCGGCCGCUGGAGAAGGGAUAUUAGCUAUAGCAUUUUCGG